GAGAAAACUAUUCCAUAUACUCACUCUAUUUUAUUUUAUUUCACUUUAUUUCAUUUUAUUUCAUUUUUGAUGAAUAAGCCUGAAGCAGUAGCACCACAACCAAAAAAACCAAAUAAUUUAGAAGAAGAAUCAAGUAGUAGUGAUGAUAAUGAUUCAGAUCAUGAAGAAGAAUUACGUCGAACAAUGUCGCAAUUACAACCGCCUUUUUUAGUUCGAACAAAAACUCGGGAGGAAAAAGAAACGAUGAGACAACAAUUCAAAAAACAAGAAGAUCAAAGAAAGGACGGAUCAAUAAAAUCACCUUAUCAUUUUAUAGGGAAAAUUUAUACUCGAUUUUCUACGUCAUUUAUGUUGGAAAAUAAAGCUGCAACUGCUAGAGAUCAUUUAGCCAAUGAAAGAACAUUUCUAGCAUGGUUAAGAACUUCUCUAUCGCUCAUUACGGUUGGAGUUGCUAUUACUCAACUUUAUCAUUUAACCCCGACCGGUGAUUCAAAUCAAGUCACUCAUGCUAAAGUAGGUAAAUCAUUAGGGGCUGCCUUUGUUAUAUUUAGUAUCGUUUUCCUUUAUUUUGCCAAUGCAAGAUACUUUCAUACGCAAAUAGCAAUGACAAAAGGUCAAUUUCCUGCAAGUAGAGGCGCUGUCCUAUUUGGAUCCACAUGUAUUUUAGCUGUACUGAUUGCUAUGUUUAUUGUUAUUUUGCUUGAUUUACAAUAAUCUAUACCCACCACCACUACCCCCUCCU